GUUAUUUUAUUAUUUUUUACUAUUUUCUAUUAUUUCAUUUACAACUAUAUAUUUAUCUUAAUAUUAACCAAACUAAAGCAGAACACAUAAUUUAAACAUAAAACCACCAUAAUCCCAGAGAAAAAAAAUGUCAAAGAAACACUAACUCAAUAAAGGUCCAGAGCUCAAAGGCGAUCAAGAACGAAAACUAACUUACCCCACUUUAUCAUAGAGUAUCUUGGCCAGAACAAUCAAAAGUCAGUAAAAUGUAGAAAUAUAAUCUUCAGAUAAAGCAAUCCCUCGAACACAAAUGAGCGUGAUCAAGGACCAAUGCAAAGAACCAAGAAAGCGGGUUAGAGUAAGAAUAAUCAACAGAAGGCCAAAAUCACCACGAAGCAGGAAGAGACAUACAUAACAAACGAUAAGCACAACCACCAGCUAAGAGGUAAGAAGCAUCUCACAAACUAAACAAGCACAAACAAGACGCCUAUGCCGGGGAAGAACCACAAAAUUCUGGAUAAAAGGGACCAAAGCUCCAAGAGUCUAAUAUCACACAUUUAUACUAAGAGAAGAAGAGAACAACAUGAGUGAGGGAGAAAUGAAGCCAACCCCCGAGAAACAUGAGUCCAGACUUGAGACCAGAAACAAUCUUCCAAAUCUACAGAGCAUACUCGGAGGAGAACACUAUCCAAACCUAGAGUGGCAAACAUGGCGAAAGAGAGAGAGAGUCACAGAGACGCAAGCAGGGUUGAAAGCUGCAACGAGAUGAAAGAACAUAGCUGGAAGGGUAGACAAAACGAAGUCAUCAAAUCGUGUUGCCGUCCUCGAGCUAUAGAAGUCAUAUCACCAAAAACCAUAUCUUGAAAACCAAGACGAGAGGGGAGUAACAAUGGUAAGCCAACGACGAGGAAAACAACUUCAAAGACGACUAAACUCUGACUCAACCCAAAAAGAUGCAGUUUCUAAAUAUAGUUAUCUUUCACUUUUUAUUUAUUUUUGGGAGUCAUUUGCUUGUAAAUAUGUACUUAUGAGAAACAUAUCUAAUAAAUUCGUACAAAUCAAAUAAUCAAUUCCACCUAUUAGGAAUCUCUAUUAAUCUUGCUCCCUAAGUUUUACACAUCACAUGAAAGUGUUGGAAUCAAUUUAAUGAUUUUUUUUUGUAGGAUACAUUUGACUUUACAUUAAAAUGAGAAUAAAACGGGAGUUGAUAAGUACAUAUAGUAUAUAGAGUAUUUUUAGUGUAAUCAGAUAAACUGUGGCUAUCUAAAGCGACCAAAACUUGUGAUUUGUAUUAAUGUCCCUAUCAUGGUAUAAUAAUCCUGAUUUUAAUAUAAUUUGAUACAUUAUAUAUAUAGGAUUCACAUCAACUGAUGGUUUGUAUUUAAUUUCAUCGCAUCUUUAAGAAUAUCUAACAUGGUCAAAGUCAGAACCUUCCCAAACUAUUUCAACCCCUACAUAAAGUUGAAAUCAGAAAUGUUAUUUACUUAUUAUGAAUUCGUCUACUUAGAUUAAUUUUGGAAUCGUGGCCACUUCUUAAUUAAUGCCACAACAAUAAAUAUUUCAACCACUUGUCAUAAAAGGUAAGAGCUUAUUAACUUUUCUGUUGAUUGAUUAAUUAACAUGACAGUCACUACCGAAACCCAAAAAACAAAAGAAUAAAAUAAAAGGAGGUGGGCCCAAGCCCCCCAAUAAGAACACUUAAGACAGGUUAAAAGGAGCAGACAAAUAAUAGUUUUGAAUUCUCGGACAAAUCGCACGACUGGUCUUGUCCCCCUCGCGUAUCCCACGAAACUUUCUUCCUUUCACGCAUAGCAAUAUCCAAUCACAGCCUUCACGUUGCGCAAAGUUGACGCCUUUUUUUGCAUCCUAGUUGUCCCAUCUCUUCUUCAAAUGUAAAGUGUUGUUCCGAGUUCUCAUCUGCUUCACACAGAUUCGUUACUGAAUCUUUGUGUUCUGUUUUGAAUCAAGUUCAGUGAACUAGCUAGGGUUUCUCUUAUGGAAUCGAACUUCUCUGGAAUGGUCAACGGUUUCGAGUAUUAUGAUGUUGGUUUCUUACCAAAUCAGAAUCCUAAUCUCGGCUUCGGUGUUCCUUCCUCCAGCGACUUCGAUCUCCGUUUGGAUCAUUGGGUUCCAGCAACACAACAAGAUCAAGGUUUUGAUCUUCAUCAUCAACAACAGUACUCUCCUCCGGCUGAUGAGAUUGACUCCGAGAAUACCCUCUUGAAAUACGUAAACCAGCUCCUCAUGGAAGGGACUCUCGCCGAGGAGCAGACUACGUUCUACGAUUCUUUGGCUCUACGACAAACCGAGCAAAUGUUGCAGCAAGUCAUAAGCGACUCACAAGCUCAAUCUACGUAUACUAUUCCUGCUAAUUCGAUUACUAGUAGUAGUACUACUGGUGGUGGUAGUAGUUACUGGAGCAGUACUAGCAAUUCUAGUGUCGGAGGCCAAGUGUUGUAUGAUGAUGAUGCUGUUGGUGAUUCUGGUGUUAUUUCGUUUCAAGGACCAAACACUUUGCGUGGAUUCACACAGCCAACGAGUGAGAUUCUCGUCAGGAGCAUGUUUACUGAUACAGAUUCAGUUAACCAGUUCAAGAGAGGCCUUGAGGAAGCUAGCAAGUUUCUUCCUAACACCGAUCAAUGGAUUUUCAAUCCCGAUCACGAGGUGAAAGAAGAGAGAGGAUUGUCAGCUAGGAAGAAUCGUCACCGGCGGGAAGAAGAAGAAGAAGAUCUAGAGGAAGCUAGGAGCAGCAAACAAUCUGCUUUGACGGUUGUCGAAGAUAUUAAACUAACAGAGCUCUUUGACAAAGUCCUCCUUCUCGACGGCGAAAGCGAUCCGCAAGUCAUCGAAGAAGGCGACAGCGUUUCAAGCAAGCCUCAGGUCGCCAAGAAAGAAGGAGGCCGCACCAAAAAGAAGAGCCAAACAUUUGAUUUCCGCACGCUUCUCACUCUAUGCGCGCAAUCCAUUUCAGCAGGGGACAAGAUCACAGCCGACGAUUUGCUGAGACAAAUAAGGAAACAAUGCACGCCUCUGGGCGACGCGUCCCAGAGGCUGGCUUACUUCUUCGCCAACGCGCUCCAGGCGCGUCUAGAAGGUAGCUCUGGAUCCACGAUCCAGAGCUACUACGACUCCAUCGCCUCCAAGAAACGAACGGCCGCUCAGACUCUUAAGUCCUACCACGUGUUCUUGUCCGCGUCUCCCUUCAUGACUUUGAUGUACUUCUACUCAAACAAGAUGAUUCUCGACGCUGCGAAAGACGCUUCGGUGCUUCACGUGAUAGAUUUUGGGAUCCUCUACGGUUUCCAGUGGCCUAUGUUUAUACAGAAUAUAUCAAAAAGCAAGACCGGGCCGAGGAAGCUACGGAUAACGGGUGUAGAGAUUCCUCAGAACGGGUUCCGUCCUACGGAGAGGAUAGAUGAUACGGGACGGAGACUCACGGAGUAUUGCAAACGGUUCGGUGUUCCGUUUGAGUAUAACGCUAUCGCGUCCAGGAACUGGGAGACGAUACGGUUGGAAGAGUUCAAGAUCCGACCAAACGAAGUUCUCGCGGUUAACACUGCUCUCAGGCUCAAGAACCUUAGGGACGUGACUCCGGGAGGGGAAGAGGAUUGUCCUAGAGACGCGUUCUUGAAACUGAUCAGAGACAUGAAGCCUGACGUGUUCCUCAGCUCGACGGUCAACGGGUCUUUCAACGCCCCGUUCUUCACGACGAGGUUCAAAGAAGCUUUGUUUCAUUACUCGUCGCUGUUAGACAUGUUUGGUUCGACUCUUUCCAAGGAGAACCCGGAGAGGAUACAUUUCGAAGGGGAGUUUUACGGGAGGGAAGUGAUGAACGUGAUCGCUUGCGAAGGAGUGGAUAGGGUUGAGAGGCCGGAGACUUACAAGCAGUGGCAAGUGAGGAUGAUGAGGGCUGGGUUUAAGCAGAAGCCUGUGGAGGGAGAGCUUGUGGAGUCGUUUAGGGUGAAGAUGAAGAAGUGGGGUUACCAUAAAAACUUUGUGCUUGAUGAAGAUAGUAACUGGUUCUUGCAGGGCUGGAAAGGUCGCAUCCUGUUCUCUUCUUCUUGUUGGGUCCCUUCUUAGCUUUUGUAUUUAUGUUUUGUUUGUUUCUUCUUCUACUUGGUUGGUUUUCCUUUGCUCUGCAACGUGACAUUUUAUGUAUCACAUGUUGAAAGCAAUAAGAGGUUAACUGAAUUUUUAGUACAGAAACUAAAUCAAACUAGGUGUUGAAGGCUACAUGUUUAAUAAAUCAAAAGCGUUAUGAUGAUUAUUAAAAACUUGUAUCUAGUAGAUAGAUGAAACAUGAAGAGAUACAUUAUCAUUAUUGCCUUCACUAUAAUUUACAUUGAUUAUAACCGGUUUGGUCUUCUCAAUUAUAACCCAACCGGUUAUUCAUCAUAUCAAAUAUUAUUCAAAUUAGGGUGUCAAUUUGGACUCCCUCGGCCGGGUCCAAACCCGCUAAACCCGUAAAUAUUUGAGCCCGGCAUGGCCAGACAAUAUUUUGGACUUAGAAUUCAAAGUCCGGCCCGGAUCUUAUAGGGUUGUAGGGCUUUUCAAGUUUUGGGGCUUUUCAAAAAAUAAUUUGUUAUCGUCAGUUCCAUCGUUUUAAUACAUUUAAUUCUACACUAUUAAAGCACUGCACCUGUCUUUUCAAUAUAUUUACAACCAAAUAUCAUUGUAUUUUUCAUUUUUUUUAAAUGUCGCCAAUAAGUUUAUGACCAAUCAGAAUCCAUCGAUUAUUAUAGCCCAUCACACAUGUUUAAUCCCGCUGCCGAAUAAACCCUAUAUUUUUUAAAUCCAAACAGAAAUUAUUGUUCAGCCCAAUUUUGUUAACUUAUAGAGAGUCAUCAUUCAUGAAAUUAAUAUAGAGACUUCGUACCAAUCUUGAUAAAAAACCAUAGCUCAAAGAUUAUUAUCAAGUAUUAUGAAUUAUGAAUAUAAUACAAAAAGAGAAGUUAUAUUUUCAAUACUAUAGAUGACACAUAUAUAUACAUUAUAUUUUAAUAUUUCAAAUCAAAAAUAUUAAAAUAAAUAUAUUUGACCACAAGUUACUAUGGUAUAUUUCGUAUUUCUUAAAACAAUAUUUAUUUAAAAAUCAAUUUAUUUUUAAAACAACCAAUAAUCUAAAUUUAUAUAAUUUUUUUAUAUAUAGUUUGGAUACCAUAUCUAUUCUAACUAUAAACUUUCAAAUCAUCCCCUACUUUUCGAUCGUAAUGAUUUUAAAAAGAUAAAUUUACUCUUAAAUUUUGGCAAGUAUUAAUAAUUGAAACAACAUUAUACUCCCUAUAUGAUUUUCCGACUUAAAAGGUGGAAGGUACGAUUUAGCUACAAUCAUGGUGCAAGUAAAUGUAUAACCAAAUAUAGAAAACGAAUAUACGCUUAAGCUACAUUCUCGGUUAAAAAAAAUUCAAUGUAUAAUUAUAUUGUGUCUAUAAUACUCACAUAAUAUCUUAGAUUUUAAAUUGGUAACUAAAUUUACUAUUAUUAAUUACUACUAUUAACUAGAAAAUCUCACCAAGAUUUAGAGUAUUCCACAAGUUUUCGACAAAACCUAAACAACUCUCCCUAUCUCCUGAUAAUAUAAAAAAAUGAAACCAAUUAAUAUUUUAACUCUUUCAAAACUUCUCAUUAUUAUAUUUAUAUAUCAAUACUUAUCAUCCUAAUUAUAUAAAACAACUACUACACAUAUAACAUAAAAACACUUAUUGAAAAAUAUACAUGUUAUAAAUAUAAUAUGUUAAAAAUAUAUUUCAAAAAGAGACAAUUCUGUGCUUUGAAAACGCGGGUCAAAAUCUAGUUUUUAUUAAAAAAAACACUUUCAUUUUUCUGUUUUAAAAUAUAAAAUGAGUUUAAUUUUUUUUCUUUAAUAUCAAAAAUGUAUUUUACUUUUCCGUAUACUUUAAAACAUAUUAUAAAUAAACCAAAUUUAAUAAGAUUUAAAUAAUCAAAUAUAAAUUAAAACUAAAUAUAUAAGAGAACAAAAUUUAUGAUAAACAUAGUCAAACGUUUCAUAAUUUGUAUUUUGAAAUUAAAAAAAAAAACAUGUUGUACAUAAAAGAAGAAAGUACAUUGUAAAAUUUAAAAUGUGGUAUUUGUAAUGAACAAAUAAUAAAGUGCAUUAACAACUUUUAUAUUUGUUUUAUUAGAGUUUGAAUAAAAAUAUUAAAAUAAUAUGUCAAUACUAAUGAUGGUUUUGAAAUAAUAUUUAAGACAAAGUAUAAAAUUUUGGGUUUUCGAACCGGCGGCUCUAGUCCAAACGGACUUAAGCCCGAAAUAUCAAAGCCCAAAUGGACUUAGCACAAAGACCUAGUCUUUUGGACUUUAAAAUUAAACCCAAACCUGUAGUUUUUAGGGCCGGAUGGUUUUAGGUUGUGGGCUCCGUCCCUCUAAUUCAAAUCAACUCCAAACCGUGGCUCGGUAUCUAGUCCGGUAAAUAUAUGAAAAUAGGUUAAGAUAAAUAAAGAGUUAUUAACACAAAUGGACACUUUAUGUGUUUUUAUUACAGCAUAGAGCACAUAGUGCUACUGAGACACUUUUAAGUGGUUAAAGACUCAUUUCUCCUCCCAAAAGCGAAACCAGAUAUGGGCAUAUCAGUAAAAGCACAUUUUUGUUCUGGUUAGGUUGGUUAGUGGCUUCAAAUUUUGAAAAAAACCAGGGUUGUGGUGGUGGUCUCGAGAAGAAGUUUAAUUUGUUUAAUAAACAAACUUGGGUCCCUCAAAAAAAUUAGUUUCCAUUAUUUUUCAUUUCUCUUUCAUAAAUUGAAAGUGCGUUUCCGGGAGAGAAAUCGACGGACGAAGUUGCUGACGUCGGACUAUUUAAUGGAGGAUUCAGGCGAAUCAAACAAUGACGGCAAGAAGCGAGCAGGGAAAGAGAAAUCCGAUAGAGAGUUUUUAAUAUGUCUCCUGCUCAUUCCACGCUGCAUCGUCCCCUCCGUCGUGCUCUGCAAGCCGUGAACCGCUCUUCUGUCAUCACCAGAAGCCGCGACCUCAGAGCCUCUCUCUUCAGCAUGAAAUCAAGCCACGAUCUCUUCAUCUCCGCCGCGAUUCUGAAUACCAUUUCAGAUUGACUCCAUACUUAUUAAUUGUGCAGCCUAGACCUUCACACAAAAAUUGGAUGAUUUAAGAUGAAACAAUGGUUGAUGGCGGUGAAAUUUUGCAGAAACCCUAAAGCAAGUCAUGAAGGAGAAGAUGAGUUAAUUACAACUUUGCCAUUAAUGAAAAAAAAGUAACAAAAAUGAUUUAUGUGAAUUAUAAGAUUAACGACGAUUUGCAUAAAAGUAAUUAGAUAUUAAUGAAAAUCAAGAUUUACUAAAGAUCAUACAAAAGGUCGAACUGAAAAAUGUGAACAUAUGUACAUGUGUAUAUGUGUACAACAAUUACUUGUGUAUAUAUGUACACAUGUACAGAUGUUCACAUGUGUACAAUUCACAUGUGUACAACGAUUAGUUGUGUAUAUGUUACAUAUGUACACAAUGGUGGACUAGUAGUUGAGUUUCUCCUCUAAGUAAACAUAUGUACACGAUGGUGAACUUGUAAUUUAGGCAACAUAAUCUUGAUAAGAAAUGGUUAAGCUUAACUUUAAUUUAUCAUUCAGCUUAACUGGUUAAGAAUGUUGCAUAUCAAAGGUUUUAUAUUUCUAUAUUACAUAUUAGAUGUAAUAACUAGUUAAGAAUGUUGCAUAGUUAAGUAUCCACAUGUACACAUAAUCUCCAUCAAGUACAUAUUAUUAGCGAUGCACGUGUACAUUGUUUGUAAAACUGACAUAGUUGUACACGUGGACAACUAUUAUCACAGUGCCGGAAUGUACAAGCAAGUGGUUCUGGAAAUCAAAAUAAAUCCAGGAGUGCAAAUUGUUGAAUUUGGAAGACUAACUAUAAUUUUUUGGUAUAUUCGAAAUUUUAAAUCCGCGUGUACAAAUUCUUGAAUCAAAAAAGAAAAUUACAUGUGGUUGUGUAAUUUUUUAGCCAAAUUCAUGAAUUUAUAAGAGAAAAUAUAAUUUAGUUGAUGGUAGGAACAUAUAUGUGUGCGGGUGGUUGUGUACAUGGGUGUAUAGGUAUGUCCAAAAAGAAGAAGGAUGGAGGUGAGUGAAUGCGCUAUCGUAGAAGAAGGUCUGGUGUAUAUAUGAUUCACUACGGUCAGAUUGUUCGAGGAUGAUGUUUUGAUUUGGCUAGAACAUAUGUGUAUUGUUGUUUUGUGUAUACGAAUUGUAGCUUGUAUCUUAGCAUAGUUGUACAUGUGGACAGCUCGUAGCUCCAUGAUGUACAAUUGACAUAGUUGUACACGUGGACAGCUCGUAGCUUAGUUCUGCAGUGUACUAGCAAGUGAUUCUGAAAAUCUAACUCCGUAGGAAACUGUAAGGACUGUGAAUGUGUAAUUUUGUUACCAAUUUUCCAUAACUCAUAGAAUUAGUCAGUAGAAACAUGGUUAAUAUAAUGUAGUUGAUGGGAAGAGCGUACAUGUGUAUGGUUGAGGCAGUGUACAUGGGUGUAUAGGUAGAUGAGGUUUCUGAACCAGCGUAACCAAGUUAGACAAAAUGUCCAGAAUAGAAAUCCGCGAAUUGAUUAAAGUUUGUGGGUUAAAAGUAAAACCAAUACAUAUUAAAGAAAUUUAUUCCAUUCGCCGAUGAUAAUCCUACAAUGGACCAUCCGCCAUAGAAAGUACCUACAAGAAGUGAGAGGGUUGUUGUUGAAAGAGUUAGAAACUCAUAGUUACAGUAAAAGACAUUGACAAAACAAGGUUAAUUAGCUCACAAACCACAACUUAUGAUCUAAUAAUCAGGUUUUGAUUUCUGAUUAAUUAUCUUGUUAACUUUGUGGGUGAUGAAAAAUGAAGAGGUAAGAGACGAGAAUGAUAGGGGAAAAGAAAAUGGUGAAUUGUAAAAUUUGAUCUGGACCGUCAGAAAUAAGAAGUAGAUCUAAUGGUGGUUGUUAAAAGUUCGAUAUGUGUCUUGUCUAGAUUUGUAAUAUUAAAUCUCAGUUUUUGGCGAUAAAAGAAGAUCGACGGUUGGGAGUAAAUUUCGUCAAAAAAAUCAUUAGGAAGGAACUUUAUAUUUGGUAUGUAACGAAAAAGGAAAAUGGUUAGUUAGGAUCCAACACUAAUUGUUAGAGAAAGUAUGUAUGUAUAAUAAUGUGUCCUAAGGUGUAAUUAAAGUUAACGAAAGUGUCCUAAAAUGUAAAUCUUUGUAAAUAAAUGGAACCGUAUUGAAUUAAGAAGCCACAUUAUAAACUCAAGUCAAGUCAAGUCAAGUAUGUGUCAACAUUUCCACCUGAAUUCACCUACGCUUUGCCACGUAGCAUUAUGUUCUUCCACGUGUCAGUUUCUAUACCGCAAGUACAAUACAACCCCUAGCAACUUCCAGAGCAAGCUACGUCUCACAAAGAAAACCAGAGUACUAAAGAAGCAAUUAAAGACUCUUAAUCAAGAGAAGUUAGCAGAAGAGUGCGAGAGAAUAGAAGAAGAAAUGGAUAAAGGGUUUGGUUGCUACGACAGCGGGAAGGUGGUGGUUGAUGAUGACUAUGACGUGGGAUGCAAGACGCCUACACGUGACGAAUGCAGGAUACCAGCUUAUCCACUGUGUCCGCCGCCCGUGAGAAGGAAAAGAUCGAUAGUCCUUGGAAAGAACGUGGAGCCACCGAAGAACGGUUACUUUCAGCCCCCGGAUCUAGAGCUGUUCUUUACAGCGGCUGCAACCUCCAGACGGCAAGAAAGCUGCGCUUAGGCUGCUAACCCUCUUUAGUUUAUUAUCUAUAUAAGUAGUCCCGUUCCUGGAUGGAUUGAGUUUUUGUUUGUAAACGGGGUCGAGUUUGAAUACGGUUUAUGUAUAUAUUUGCGCACGUCAUGUGAAGCCUAGGCUUUUGUGAUGUAUAUUGAUAAGGAUUGGCGGAGCAGUGUUUGUAUGAUCUUGAUUUGUGUUAAGCUUGUGUGGUUUUAG